CUCACUUGCAAGAUGCUACAAAACUCUACGAAACGAACAUGCUUUAGUUUGGUUUUAUAAAAUUCAAUUUGUGUACUUUUUUAUAACAAUUUUGCGAUAUUGGUUUCAAAAAAGUGGUUCGCUCUCUCGUAAAUUUUUGGAACUGUCAUCUCUUGACGAAAACAAUUGACAUCUGGACUAGCGUAGCGUAGUUUAGACAAAAAUACAGGAAAGCGAAAGGAUAUACAGCGAAUUUAUUGGACGGGGAUGGAACCCGGAUCCACUAGGAAUACACUUGCUUCUUUUCCUAGAUUUCACGACAACAAUUUCAGUUUCCAGGCAAGCUACAGUGAUGAUGAUGAUGAUGAUGAGACCUCUUCCUUGUCUUCCACGAGUACUAGCGUUCUUUUACCGCAGGAAGAUGAGGAAGAUGAAGUAUUUAAAAUCCUGAAAUUCUUGAUUUCUCAAUCGAAGCUCGGACAAUGGGCGAAUCAAUUGACAAAAACACUUCAGACUAGGAAAAAGGUACCCGAGAAACCCAAAGCACCGAAGGUUUUUUACUCGGUAUUUGCCUGUCCGCCCUCCAUAUUGCAUGCAGAAAAGCAAUGGAAGGCUUAUCCUCAUCAUUCCGGGCAUGACCUUCGUGACUUUGAAAAGUCUCUGUCAGAAGCAAAGCAGGCUAUUGAUAAACACAUCUUUCCAUGCCUGAUUUCAAAAGGCUCUUCUGGGUCUUACUUUGUAAAUAACGAUCAAGGGAGAAUUAUAGCAGUUUUCAAGCCUAAAGAUGAAGAACCCUAUGGCAAAUUGAAUCCAAAAUGGACAAAAUGGUUUCACAGAAAUCUGUUUCCCUGCUUUUUUGGUAGAAGUUGUCUAAUACCAAAUCUAUGUUAUCUUUCAGAAGCGGCUGCUUGUCUUUUGGAUCGUAGCCUUGGUCUUUACAUCGUGCCUUACACCGGAGUAGUUUCUUUAGCUUCACCUACAUUCAAUUAUGACUAUUUCGCUCGAAAAGCCUUUCUUUCUAAAAACAAAAGUCUUCCGUUAAAGCUUGGAUCUUUUCAACAAUUCCUUGAUGGCUAUACUUUAGCUUCUCAGUUCCUAGAGUCCCAUCCAUGGCCAGGCACCAGACAUCGAGAACAUCGCGAUUAUGCAGAGUCUGUUGGCUCAAGCCAGGACUUUGACAUCUUUGAUCCAUUUUUGGCUGAAAAUGAAGUUGAAACUGACUUUUGGACAGAAGACAUGCGCCUCAAGUUUCGGUUUGAAUUCGAAAAACUUGUGCUAUUAGACUACCUGAUGCGUAACACAGAUCGUAAUUUAGACAAUUGGAUGAUUAAAGUUUGUUAUGACCCUUGCAACGAUCCCGAAUACUUCAAAUCCGUUCAUAUCCUUUCAAAUAAUUUAACACCUGCUAUAUCCUCCUCUCCUAUGAACUUUUCUAAUUCUACACAUGAUUUCUGGAAGGGUGCUCACUUUCAUAUUGGUGCUAUAGAUAAUUCUCUUGCAUUUCCUUAUAAGCACCCCGAUUCUUGGAGAUCAUUUCCCUAUGGCUGGUUAUCAUUACCGCGUUCCAUAUUAACUCAACCCUUUACUGAAUUUACUAGACAACUCUUUUUACACAAAAUUACAAGCAGAGAAUGGUGGGAAAGCGUAUCGGAGGAACUCCGUAAUACAUUUUCCAAAGAUGAAGAUUUUGACGAAAAAAUGUACAAAAAUCAGCUUUAUUUAGUUAAAGGGCAAGCUUAUAAUAUUGUCGAAACCCUCAAGGAUCCUCUUACAAAUAUUAUAGACUUACUUGAUCGACCUAAUUUAUAUGUUGUUGAUGAUAUUGUUCAAAUAAAAGUUGAUGAGUCCUUGAAAGACGAUCAAAAUUUGAAUAAUACUAAUGUCAUGGACAAUGGCUUUCAAAGUUAUGGGACUGUGCAACCCGCUUCCAGUAUAUAUCCGCAAUCGAAGAUGACUCUACAUCGACUAUCUUCAUUUCCCUCUCCUGGUCAUAAAUUUACUGAAUUAACUCCCCUAAAUGCCAACUCUCCGCAUACAUCUUCCUCUGUAAAGGAAGAUAUAACACCGGUUAUAUUUGAACGUUUGCUAUUUGCAUCGUCAAAUGCAUUUUUCACAAGUUGCUAAAAUCGUGCUUCAUAAAGUCUCUUCUUUUCAUUUCUACCAUUAAUAAGGACUUCUAAAAGUCUAAUUGGCUGAUUUCACUUUUAGAGCGUUGCUGAAUCUUAUUAUUUCUCUCUAGAUGUUGCGGUUUUCCGAUGCAGUAUCUGGUCCAAUUGACCAUUUGUUGAGAUAGACAAGGGGAACUCUGGUUAAUGUUCUAGUUAUUUCUUUUGUUGUUUUCUCAUUCGAUUAUGGACCGGUUAUAAAUAAUUCAAGUGUUACCGGCAAUGUAGAAUCAGAUGUGCAAUGUCAACGCAUGUUUAACUUAAUACCAUAGAACCUUUUUAUCUUUCUUCUAUAAUGUCUUAACUAAUAUAGGAAGUACCAAGUUGCAUGAACUUGUGUUGCUCAAUGGGUUUAUUUUAAUAAUAGUUACGUUACUAAAUAUAUUAUUUCCUUUACCU